AUGAAUGAAGAAAAUACUGAUUCCAAUGCGUCAACCUCUGUUGAUGACAAUGAAGUUCCUGAAAAAUUUAAAUUAGAUCGAAAUAAAAUUCAAAAAGCAACAUUAAUCGAUGAAAAUGAUGAAAUUAAUCAACUUGGUUUAAGUGUUUUUAAUCAAGCCGAUCUUGAACAAGGUCUAAUCGAUCAAGUUGAUAAUGUUGUAUCAAAUCAAGAACGACAUCAUAAAUUAGCUCAUAUUGAAAAACAAAUUCAAUCACUUGAACAAACAAAUAGUUCUCUUCGAAGUAGUAUAUCAGCAAAACAACAAAUAUUAUCUACUAUUGAUAAAGCAACAUAUCUUGCAUCAAGAAAAGAUGUUCAAAAAGCAAAUAUUGAAAAAACAAUGAAAGAAUUGAAACAACAAUUAGCAAAAAAUAUUGCCAAAAUUAAUUCACUUAAAACUGAACUUAUAGGCUUUUCACCAAUUGAUGAUGAAAAUGAAGAUAAUCAUGACCAACGAACAACAACAUCAACUAGUCUUAUUGAUACAUUAAUGCCUACACUACAUAAUUAUGAUGAGAAUGGUUUUCUUAAGACAACAACAAAUCAAAAUGAACGUUUAACGUCAUUUGAUUCAUUUAUGCAAAAUCUUGAUCAUGAAUAUGAUAAACGUAAACAAUUAAAAAAUAAAACUGUUGAAAAAAAACCAAUUGAAGUUCAAAAAAUUACUACGGCUCCUACACAUCCACCGACUCCUCCUUUAACACUCGAUGGUCCAAUUGAAUAUCGUGAUAAAAAACUCAAGAAAAAACCAACAAUAAUUAAAAAAACAAAAACAGCAACAAAGACACAACCAGUUCUAAGUUCUUCAUCAUCGGAUGAUGAAAAUGGAGAAACGGAUUCAAGUCAAAUGGUUUAUGAUGAAGAUAAUGCUUGGUUUGAAAGUGAUGAAGACGAAAAACAACGUUUAGCUGAUGAAGAUGAUGAUUUUUAUGAACCGAAAAAAAAGAAAAAUCGUUCAUCAGCAAAAGAUGAUGGUGAUAAUCAACAAUAUCUUGCACGUUUAAGAGAUUUUUAUUCUGAUCAAAAACCUCCUAGUCAUACAAACAAUGGUGAAAAUGAUGAUAUUGAAAUUGGUAAAGGUUUUUGGAUACCAUUAAGUAUUUGGAAUCGAUUAUUUAAUUAUCAACGAGCUGGUGUAAAAUGGUUAUGGGAAUUAAAUGAACAAAAAUGUGGUGGAAUUAUUGCCGAUGAAAUGGGUCUUGGAAAAACUAUUCAAAUAAUUGCUUAUCUUGCUGCAUUUCAUUAUAGUCGUGUACGAGAUACUCAAAAUCGUUAUCGUGGUCUUGGUCCAGUACUCAUUGUAUGUCCAUCCACAUUACUUCAUCAAUGGGUUCAUGAAUUUCAUGAAUGGUGGCCUGAAUUCCGUGUAGCUGUCUUGCAUGAAAGUGGUUCAUUUCAAGGAAAGAAAGGCCAUCAACUUAUUCAUAAAAUGGGUACAACAGCUGCUGGUAUUCUGAUAACAUCUUAUGCUAAUAUUCUUAUUCAUUAUGAUACUCUUGUAUCCUAUCAAUGGCAUUAUUUCAUCUUAGAUGAAGGUCAUAAAAUUCGUAAUCCUGAUGCUCAAAUAACAACAGCUUGUAAAUCAUUUCGAACACCACAUCGAUUAAUUUUAUCGGGUUCACCAAUGCAAAAUAAUUUACGUGAAUUAUGGUCAUUAUUUGAUUUUGUUUUUCCAGGAAAAUUAGGUACAUUACCAACAUUUAUGGAAUAUUUUGCUAUACCAAUAACACGUGGUGGUUAUGCAAAUGCAAAUCCAAUUGAAGUACAAACAGCUUAUAAAUGUGCAUGUAUAUUACGUGAUACAAUUAAACAAUAUCUUAUACGACGAAUAAAAUCUGAACAAAAUGUUGUUUUACAAUUACCAACUAAAAAUGAACAAGUACUUUUUUGUCGUUUAACUAAAACUCAACAACAUAUUUAUAAAGAAUAUUUAAAAUCACAACAAUGUAAAGAUAUUCUUAAAGGUAGUUUACAAAUUUUUGUUGGUUUAAUUAAUUUACGAAAAAUUUGUAAUCAUCCGGAUUUAUUUACUGAUUGGUCACAAUAUCGUCCAGAAUAUGGUGAAGAUCCUAAUGAAGUUAGUCAAUAUGGUUAUUCUAAACGAUCAGGAAAAAUGGUUGUACUUGAAACCUUAUUAAAAAUUUGGUAUAAACAAAAUAAUCGUUGUUUAUUAUUUACACAAAGUAAACAAAUGUUGAAUAUUCUGGAAGGAUUUUUAACUAAACAUAAUUAUUCAUAUUUAAAAAUGGAUGGAACAACACCAAUUGCAUCUCGACAAGGACUUAUUACACAAUUUAAUUCUGAUUCAUCAAUAUUUGUGUUUCUUUUAACAACACGAGUUGGUGGUCUUGGAAUAAAUUUAACUGGCGCAAAUCGUGUUUUAAUUUUUGAUCCUGAUUGGAAUCCAUCAACAGAUAUGCAAGCAAGAGAACGAGCUUGGCGUAUUGGUCAAACAAAAAAUGUAACAAUUUAUCGAUUAUUAACAUCGGGUACAAUAGAAGAAAAAAUCUAUCAUAGGCAAAUUUUUAAACAAUUUUUAACAAAUCGUGUUCUUCAAGAUCCAAAACAAAGACGUUUUUUUAAAUCAAAUGAUCUUCAUGAGUUAUUUCGUUAUGAUGAUGAUAAUAAUAAUGAUAGUGAUGAUGAACGUACUGAAACAUCUAUAUUAUUAGCUGGAACAAAUUCCGAAAUAAAUUUAAAAGAAAAAUAUGAUAAACGAAAACGAAAUAAACAUGCUAAAUUUGAAGGACAACGUGUACCAAAUUUAACAAAAAUUGAUAGUAAAAUUUCAACAAAUCAACAAGAAGUUCAAAACGAUAUUGAUAAAGAAAAAGAUGAUUAUGUAUUAAGUAAAUUAUUUAAAAAAUCUGUUGUACAUAGUGCACUUCAACAUGAUAAUAUUGUUGAUCAUUCAAUAAAUGAUUAUGUUUUUAUUGAAACAGAAGCUCAUCGUUAUGCAGAAGAAGCUGUUAAAGCACUUCGAAAAUCUGCACAAGAUUGUUAUUCAGCUGAAAGUGGUAUACCAAAUUGGGGAGCAAAAAAUAUUCAACAUAUACGUCGAUUUGGUUCUCGUACUAAUAAAGAUGUUAUUAUUCCAGAUGAUGACCAAUCGUCAUCAUCAUCAUCUAUUGUUAAAAAAUCCAAUACUCGAUCUUCAAGUGCAUCAAGUAAUUUACUUAAAGAUAUUCGUGAACGAAAACGAGAACAAUCGGAUUUUGUUGUAUAUACAAAUGGUCAAUCAAUAGAAAAUGAUGAUGAAGAAAAUCAUUCAAAUGAUGAAGGUUUAAUAUUAAUACGUGAAUUAAAAGAUUAUUUAAAAGUUGGUACAUCUAUUCGUGGUAAAGCAACAACAGCUGAAAUAAUUGAUCAUUUUCAAAAUCGUCUUAAUGGAAAACCUGGUCUGAUACCUAAAUUUAAAUCAUUAUUAAAACAAAUAGCUAAUCUUGAACGAACAUCAUCUGGAAUUGGUUUUUGGAUUUUAAAGGAAGAAUUUCGAGAAACAUAA